UUCAAACUGCUUCAGACCGAAGCUGGUGGCGGAACCAGACUUUGGUGAAGAAAAGCACAUCAGUCCAUUUUGGUCACUCGUUCAAAUGCCAUUUUCCUUUAAGAUGAUGUAAGACAUCAGCUUCUCUCCUCUGUUUGUUUCUCACAGACGGAUCAGCUUCAUCCAAAGCUUUCUGGUGAAACCACGCGUUUCCGCUCUCAGUACUUUGGAGAGGUGUUGCGCACAGGAGUCCCGCUUCCAUCCUCCGAUGUUCCAGCAUCUCAGUCGUCAGGAGCGCAGCUCAGCAGCAGCAGCUCAGCAGCAGCAGCUCAGCAGCAGCAGCAGCAGCAGCAGCACCGAGCUUUGCGUGCGCGGUUUCCACUUUAUCCUAAUGAUGGGAAUAAACUAAAAAAAAAACACCCGCGCAGGAAGAGGACGAAUCUUUCCACCAAGAACUUGAUCUGGACAUGUUUGGACUUCUUUUAACGGAGGGAAAUCUCAGAUUGAAGUAAGGAUUACAUCUAGAGUAUCUGAAAUCCCAACCAUGGCCCAUCGCUGUGGAUGCGUGUAACAUGAUGCUGACGAUAACCGAGAUAAAUCGCCAUGGGCAGGGAUAUUUACGCGCAAGAUUAGAGACUCCACUGUAGACUCCACUUUGAGGAUGUUUGUCAUGAGACACCCGCUGUGAGGACUGCAGCCUAAACCAGGACUCUGCUUUGGAUCUGAGAGCAUCAAUAUCAUGCAGCAGCUGCAACCCACACCCUGAACUCCCGGGACUGGACUCCUGCGCUCUGUGAUCAAAAACUCACUAUCUCUUUGAAGCAAAAUGGCACUAAAUGAAAACUGCAAAACGCAACCUGCAAAAGAGCAGAGCUCGGUGCAGAGCCCACCAUCUGAUGUUGUUGAGCUGAAUGUCGGCGGACAGGUGUAUUAUACUCGCUAUGCCACCUUGGCGAGCUUCCCUAAUUCCUUACUCGGGAAAAUGUUCUCUAACAAGAAGGGCUCGUCCAACGACUUGUCCCGGGAUCUGAGAGGACGAUAUUUUAUUGACAGAGACGGCUUUCUGUUCCGGUACGUAUUGGAUUACCUCAGAGACAAGCAGGUUGUUCUGCCCGACCACUUUCCUGAGAGGGGGAGGUUGAAACGAGAGGCGGAAUACUUCCAGCUGCCAGAUUUGGUCAAACUUUUGACCUCAGACGAGUCCAAACAACUGUCGGACGAGCUGUGCUUCAGUGAUCACGAUGACGUCUCGCAAGGCAGCGACCAGAGGUUCUACCCGUCCUACUCCUUGGACAUGAGGUAUGGCUACAUCACCGUGGCACUGAAGGGCGCCUGUGCGUCUGCAGGCAGAGAGAGUGUGGCUGACGGCAAGCUCAGAAAGUUACCGCGGAUCUUCGUCAGCAGCAGGAUCGGCUUGGCCAAGGAAGUGUUCGGAGACGCCCUGUACGAGAGCAGGGACACGGACAGACCACCUGACCGGUACACCUGCAGGUUCUAUCUCAAGUUCCGGCACCUGGAGAGGGCGUUUGACAUGCUGUCAGAGAGCGGCUUCCACAUCGUGGCCUGCAAUUCCUCCCUGACCGCGUCCCCUUUGGGUCACUACCCGGAGGACAAAGUGUGGUCCAAUUACGCACAGUACAUCUUCUACCGUGGGCCCUCCAGAUGGUCGUCCUCUCACUGUGACUGCUGCUGCAAGAGCCACAAAAGUGAGCGUGAGGGAGAGAGUGGCACUUCCUUCAACGACUUGUCCACUUCCUGCUCUGAGACCCAGUCGGAGGCAAGUUCCCCUCAAGGAACCGUGAUCUGCGGCCCGGUGAGACGACCCACUAACAUCCAGACGCUGGACCGUCCGGUCCUGAAAGGGCCGAUGCACAUGAUGCAGCAGACGGAGAUGCGGCGCAAAACUGACAUGCUCCGCGUGAGAACCUUCGGCGUCCGGGAGCGGGAUGCUACCAAGAGGAAAACGAACAAGGAGAAGAUGACUCCGCAGCAGGAGCUGGAGAAGUGCAUCCAGGACUUCCGGCGUAUCAGGAUCCCUGACCAUUUCCCAGAGAGGAAAUACAUGUGGCAGUCGGAGCUCCUGAGGAAGUACCGCCUCUAAAAAUACUGCAGGAGCACAGUCAGGGAAGUAGGAGAGACAGCACUGUACUGUAGUACCGAGCCACCGUCACUGAGAACUGACUGCGAUAGACUUGAAGACACAAAUACUGUUCUAAAGACGUUCAGCAUGACACUAGGGGCACCAACAGUACGAAGCAGCGUGGGUCAUUGUGGAGUCUGCACAGUGUUGUUCAUGAUAUGCACAAGCGUCAGUCAGGUUACUGCUGUUGGAGCUCAGAUCGGAUCACAGACACUUUCUUUAUCACAAGUCUGAGCUACAAAGCAACCUCAGGGGCAACAUCACAUCAGUUCACCCUCCUAUCGCAUUCCGUACGUACAAAUGCCCUCAGUAGGUGUGUGUGUUUCUCUUUUCUAAUGAAUGUAUCCAGAUGGUGCUGUGAGUUAGCGACAGAAUACCACUGUACUACACCGAUAACAUGUACUUAUACUUAUUGUUAAGCUGCGAUAACUGGCACUGCAUGUCAUUUCACCUUUAGCAUAAAUAUGCAAUAUCAAACCAAUGUUAUUUCACUCGUUGCUGUGAUGGGUACAAAGUUCUGACCGGUUGUUUAUUACAGUGAAGGAAGCACCGUCUCUUUGCCGUUGUGAAAGUGUCCGUCUCAUCACGUCGUGAGUGUCGUGUCGGUAGAAUUUAACGCCAAUGAAUAUUGAUCUAACCUUUGAUUGUAUGUGAGUAAAAGAAGUCAAUAAAGAAGUCCGAAUUCUA